AUGCGGCUGCUUUUUUCUAAGGGAGUUGCUAGCAUUCCCGCACGCUCAGCUCCGGCCGGGUCCCCGGGCUCGGUGUCCGGCCUGCGCGCUUGCUCCGUGUGGGACACAGGGGCGCACUGGGUUCUGUGCGGAAUCCGCAGGGUCGCACGAGGGACUACGAUCCCGGCGCCGGAGCUAUGCCGGCUCAGGAGCGACAGUAGCGCACGCGAACGCCCAGCCUUGCGGUCUAGCCCAGACCCGGCCACCGGCCCCGGGGCGCUGCCGGAGCCUGGAAGGCGCGUCUCCAGCGCCCAGCGCACCGCCUCCUCCCGCGCAGAGGAGCCGCCCCCAGCAGGGAUGCCACUACCCGCUAGUGCCGGGAGCAGAAGACCGGGCGCCUCCCGCUGCCCCAGCUUCGGAAGGAGCCACGGACCGAAUGCAGAAGGGACCCUCAACUUUUCACAACCCUUUGACUCCCUCGGGCAAAGGCAGGGGACUCACGAGGUUAAGGGGACAGAGGGGCGAGUGGCCUUGGAGAUCAGGCUCCUGUGCUUAUGCCUCUGUGGGCCUGACAUUAGGGAGGACAGAAGUUGGAGCGACAGAAGGGGUCGGCUAAUGCAAGCUCAACGGCCAGAGCCUUUCUCCCUUAAAGCGAGGAUCGGUGGCUCAGACUCCGCCCUUCCCAGCCGGAGCUGCCCGGGACAGGGAGUGAUUUGAAGAGUUCUUCUAGUGAGUGCACUGUGGCCAACAUCCCCGUGAAGUGGACAAGUGGGAGAAAGGAAAGCUGUCAUUAGCUUAGCAUGCUCCAUUUCCCUCUCAAAACUGACUUUGUGUAAAACUUAAAUUAAAAGAGA